AUGUCAGCCGAUGUGAUCAUGGCAAACGGAAACAUGGAAGAUAUCAACAAUAAAAGCGAAUCAUGUGUUUGCCCAGCACGAUUCGCCGGAACCCACUGUGAUCGUUGCUCCCAAAAAGGACCUAAAAUCAGACCAUAUCCAGAAUGCAAUAUUGAUAUCACAAAAAGUAAAGCAAAACAACAACGACAAGAAACAGAAACACAGUUCCGAUUGCGACUAACAAUUAUGGCAGCCACAAGCUUUUUACUUUUGUUUCUGGUAAUAACAAUGAUUUUCUUUCAUCGACGAAGAAUUUACAAGAGACAACGUUCAGGGAGGGAAAAUCUUCGGCAGCGUGAAUAUGAAAUCCGGAAAACAAUCCUUGAAAAAGCUGCACGGACUACAGAAUGUCUGAAUGUUGAGCCGAGGACGGAAUAUAUCGAAGAGGAAGACAGGAAUCGCAGAAAUUGCUGGAAUCAUAUUAAAACGAAUAGAAGAUUAUCAUACUUUCUAUAG